AUGAGUGACGUACCAUACGUGUCAUUAUAUGUAAAAAGAUCAGAAAUCGAUUUUUCACAUCGAACUCCUUGUCCAAUUUGUCAGAGAUGGUUCAUGGUACUUUACUUAAAAUCCGAAGCAAAAGAAUUAGCAUUAACAGUAUAUCCAGUGAAUAUGAAAAAUCCUGAGCAAGAAUUUAAAAAAGCAUAUAAUUCUAAUCCACCUGUUGUUGUAUUUAAUGAAACAGGACAAAAUGGUCAAGAUGAUAAAAAUCAACAAGUCGUACUAACCGAUAAUCGUGAUAUUGAUGCUGAAAUAUCAAAGCGUUUUCCAGUUGUUAAUUUGAGCUCAUUAAAAGAAGCCGAAGACGUUUGUUCAAACGUCUAUAUUAAAUUUCAUCCCUAUUUAAAAUCAAUCCCAACUGAUCCUCAAGAACAGAUGAAAUUAAAAUCAUUAUAUUCGGAAUUAAAACGUAUUAAUGAUUAUUUAUCGGAAUCGGGUACACAAUUUCUAAGUGGUGAUGAGAUGACAAAUAUCGAUUGUGAUGUAAUGCCGAAAUUACAACAUAUUCGUAUUGCUGGAAAAUAUUACAAAAAUUUAGACAUUCCUCUUGAAUUACAAUCAUUAUGGUCUUAUAUAGAACGAUGUUAUCAGACAAAAGCAUUUCAGGAAUCCUGUCCGUAUGAUCAAGAUAUUAUAUUACAUUAUGAAGCAAAAGUCGGUGGUACCAGUACUGGACAACAACAAAGACAAACAUUUGGAAAGUGUCCUACUCUUCAGCAACCAACAAUGACUCUUACUGUACCAACAUCAUGA